CGCAGAGGUGCAUCUAAAACGAACCGACCUGGUUCACUUACAUGAUUUGACGUUUUCGCGUCAAGUAGCGCUCGGAAUAAUCGUCGAUUCCCGCAGCAGCGAAUAUGGCGCGUGGUAGCAGUGCUGGGUUUGACAGGCACAUAACAAUCUUUUCGCCGGAGGGACGGCUUUACCAAGUAGAGUAUGCCUUCAAAGCCAUUAAUCAAGGUGGCUUGACGUCCGUGGCUGUCAAAGGAGUCGAAACUGCCGUAUUCGCGACACAGAAGAAAGUGCCUGAUAAGUUACUCGAUGCCUUCAGUGUCACCCAUGUAUUCCAGCUGACCGAGAAUAUCGGUUGUGUCAUGACGGGUAUGAUAGCUGACAGUAAGUCCCAAGUACAACGCGCUCGAUACGAAGCAGCUCAUUUUAAAUACAAAUAUGGUUAUGAGAUACCAGUGGAUGCUUUGUGUCAACGUGUCGCCGAUAUCAGUCAAGUAUACACGCAGAAUGCGGAGAUGCGACCUCUUGGAUGUUCCAUGAUGCUUAUCGCAUAUGACAAAGAAAAGGGCCCAUGCAUCUAUAAAGCUGAUCCGGCGGGUUAUUUUUGCGGUUAUAGAGCCAUCUCUGUAGGAGCGAAACAAACUGAAGCUAAUUCUUAUCUUGAGAAGAAACUGAAGAAGAAACAAAGUUAUGAUUACGAUGAGACUAUACAAUUAGCAAUUACUUGUUUAUCUACAGUUUUAUCUGUAGAUUUUAAGCCAACUGAAAUUGAAGUAGGAGUUGUAUCAAAGGAUAAUCCCAAAUUCCGUGUUCUGACAGAGCAAGAAAUUGAUAAACAUUUAACUGCAAUUGCUGAAAAGGAUUGAUAAUCUUGUGUAUAAUUCAUAAUAAAUAAAACAGCAUAUCCUGCUUAUCACUUUAUUUUUUUUCUACUUGAUAUUUAAUAAGUUAUGAAUAAAAUACAUUGAGAAUUUGUGCAAAGAAAUGUGUCAUGCGCGUUAAUAAAUAACAGGCUAUCGCGUUUGUAUCAAAUUUUA